AUGAUUAAACAACAGCAACUUAAGGCACAAAGCGCCCAGGUCCUUCAGACCAUUACAUACGCCAUAUAUGCAUAUAAUUCAAAGACGGCAGAACAAACGCAAAGGUUGAAAUAUGGAGAUUUGGAGAUAGUAUUGAAAAAUGAACAUUUCGAAUUCGUUUGCAAAGGUGGUGCAGUGAUAUCAAAUAUAAAAGAAAUUUUAUUUAUGAAUUCAAAAAUUAAAGGAAUAACGGAUGAUAUAACAUCAAUUCCACCAGAAGAACAGAGAUAUUACGCAUUAAAUGCAUUUCCUAAAGUUUUGAAGAUUGGAAGAUUUAAUUUAAAUGAGGAAUUCAUAGAAGGUUUCCUAAAUGAGUUAAUGAAGAAGGUGGAUAAGGAAUAUGUGGAUAGUGAAUUAAAUAAGAAGGCAAAUUUGGUUUGUGUUGAUGAAAAAGAUAAUGAAAUUAAAGAAAAGGUUGAAUGGUAUCAUGAAUGGACAUUUGAGACUUUUAAAGUUAAAGCUGAUACAGAAUGGGUUUCAGGAUGUUUAGACCUUAAAGCAGAUAAAACAUAUGUUGAUGAAAAUUAUGCAAAGAAGUCGGAAGUAAAUGAUGUGAUUACAAGCAUGAAAAAUGAAAUACUUCAAACAUUAUAUCCUGUUGGUUCUAUUUAUACGUCAAUGAACUCAACAAAUCCAGCAAGUGUUUUAGGUUUUGGUACGUGGAAGCAGAUUGUAGAUAAAUUCUUAUACUGUGCUAGAUAUUCAAAGCAAACAGGAGGUUCGAAGAAAAUUAAAGAAGCAAACCUUCCACCGCACACUCAUACAGGAACUACAAACUUUUCUGGUGACCAUAGCCACUCAUUAAGAGACCACCCAUUAUACAACUCAGAAUAUGAAGCUGGCAAUGAUGUUUUAUCUCCAGAUUAUAACCAUUCAGCAAAAAAGACUUUUCGACCAACUGAACCAGGAGGAAAUCAUGUCCAUACUUUCACAACAAAUCCAACAGGCUUGGGUAAAGAUUAUAUGCCACCAUUUGUGACUGUAUUCGCAUGGUACCGCAUUCAUUAA